CAGAGCUAUGCUAGUUACACCAGCUGAGGAUCUGGCCAGUUAAGGAAUUAAGGAAGAUCCACACAUCCAGGCAAGGGUGUCACCUGUCUGAUCAAGAAGUAUUAAAACUGGACAAUGCCUUCUAGAUAGCUGAAGAGCACAAGGAGCGGGGGAAGGUGCUCCUUUAUUCUUCUUCGCCGGGGAGAGACUUUGAGGCAAAACGUUGGACUCCCCAGUCUCUCCCCAUGGAUAAAGGACACGCUUUACCCCAGGAUAUCCGGGACCUGCGGCACUGCCUGAGAAUGAAGAGCAAGUAUGCCAUUCUCCUGGUGUUUGUUGUAGCUCUUGUCAUUAUCGAGAAGGAAAACAAUAUCAUAUCGAGGGUAUCAGACAAGCUGAAGCAAGCCCCACAACCUCUGAUGGAGGUCAACAGCACAGACCCUGGCCUAGUGCUGUCAGAAAAUGGGUCCCUCUUGUCCCUCAGCGAGCUGGACUCUGCCUUUUCUCAGCUCAAGAGCCGGCUUCAGAAUGUCACCUUGCAGCUGGGAGGGACCAGGGAGCCUACUGUGGCACAGGGACCCCGGAGACAUGUGCUCCUGAUGGCCACCACCCGCACAGGUUCCUCCUUUGUGGGAGAGUUCUUCAACCAACAGGGCAACAUUUUCUAUCUCUUUGAGCCAUUGUGGCACAUCGAGAGGACAGUGUCAUUCGAGCCAGGCGGAGCAAACGCGGUGGGAUCGGCCCUCGUCUACCGAGAUGUCUUGAAGCAGCUGUUACUCUGUGACCUCUACAUCCUGGAGAACUUCAUCACCCCAUUCCCUGAGGAACACCUGACCCCGUAUAUGUUCCGGCGGGGCUCAAGCCGCUCCCUGUGUGAGGACCCUGUUUGCACCCCUUUUGUCAAGAAGGUCUUUGAGAAGUACCACUGCAAGAACCGCCGCUGUGGCCCCCUCAACAUUACCCUCGCUGCAGAAGCCUGCUUGCACAAGAAUCACAUGGCACUCAAGACAGUGCGAAUUCGGCAGCUGGAGUUCUUACGACCCUUGGUUGAAGACCCUCGCCUAGACAUGAGGAUCAUCCAGCUGGUGCGGGACCCCCGGGCAGUGCUGGCGUCUCGCAUUGUGGCCUUCUCAGGCAAGUAUGAAACCUGGAAGAAAUGGGCUUCAGAAGGAGCAGCUCCCCUCAAUGAGGAUGAGGUGCAGAGGCUGCGGGGGAACUGUGAGAGCAUCCGCCUCUCGGCUGAACUUGGCCUGAGACAGCCAGCCUGGCUGCGGGGCCGCUACAUGCUGAUCCGCUAUGAGGAUAUUGCCAGGUCACCCCUCCAAAAUGCCAAGGAGAUGUACAGGUUUGCUGGCAUCAGCCUCACCCCACAGGUGGAGGAAUGGAUCCAGAAGAACACCCAGGCACCUCAGGACAGCAAUGGCAUCUACUCCACCCAAAAGAACUCCUCGGAGCAGUUCGAGAAGUGGCGCUUCAGCAUCCCCUUCAAGUUGGCUCGGGUGGUGCAGAGCGUCUGCGGCCCAGCCAUGAGUCUGUUUGGCUACAAACUGGCCAGCGACCAAGAGACCCUCACAAACAGAUCCAUCAGUUUGCUAGAGGAAAGAAGAGCCUUCUGGAUCACGUAAGAGCUCUCAUUGUUGGGUUUCUGUAUGGAAACAUACGGUUAGACUGAAAAAAGAAAAACCUGAGCACAAGAACAGCUGGGGAAGCAGGAAAGGGGCAAGUGGAAAGGGGCCACUGUCCCCUGCUGACACGCAUCACACCCUCGUUUAUAAGGCUUGUGUUUGCCAUGCGCUCCUCAUCCUAGCGAGGUGCUUUCUGAAUCUCCAGUGCACAGCAGGGGGAAUGCAGUAACAGCCAGGAGCUCUGGCUCAUCUAGAUGGAUUAUAAUGUGGCCACCCUUUGAAACUAAAUGGAGCUCAGAAGCUGGCAGUGGGGAGAACCAAAGCAGUAGGUACUAGCUUCCAUACCUCACCUCUUAGCUUUCUUCUCUGCACAAGCGCCACCCUUCUUUCAAAGGACAUUUCUGCACUAAACCUCCAAAGAGAGAAUUGUAUGUUUUAAAAAUCUUCGUACACUUUAAAAUCCCUCAUCUCGCCGAGCAUGAGCGAGGAGGUGAGAGGAGCCAAGGGUUGCACUGAUAUCGCCUUGGGCAAACUUAAAGACUUCGCUAAACUGUAUUUGGUUGGGUUGACGGAACUGUCAGAAAGGGACUUGGUUGGGGUUUGUUGCCAAGAAACCUCUUAGUAAAUCCCCAGUGAGAGGAUCUGGGAGACUCUCUCCUCCCAUCCUGACUGCUUCUGCCUUAUGCUGACAAAGACUCAUGUCAGACACUUUGUGACUGAGUCCUACAAGGGUGAGCACACUCCCUCAGACCAUGCUCUUGGAAGAGCAAAAUGCCAGGACAUCGGGAAAACAUGUAGCAGAACCAGCAAACAGCCACACCAUGAUCUCUGGCACUGGUGCAGCAUUUUCCACCUCAGCUGCUUGUUAUCAAGUGCACCAAAGCCGCAGCUAAGAGAUGUCCUGGAGACAAUGAAAACACUAUUUAAGAGAGAGAGAGAGAGACUUAGAGAAAGUGAAAGCAAUGCUCUCUGUCUCUGGGGAUUCAACUGGUCUCCUUCCAAGGUGCCAUCAGUUGUUUUGUCUUCCACCACCAUGGAGGCUGGAUUCCUCAGUGAUCAUUUGCUGGUCUAGAGAUCGAUACUGAAAGCUUUCUUGGCUGGUGGUGGCAGGGUGUUUCUGUAAUAGUAUUUAUAUUUUGUCCUUGCUAUUGUUUGUAUAUCUUUGGAAGUGCUGGUUGGAGGCUGCCAGCAAUUCUCCUGCCCAAAGCAAAAGGGAGUAGUUUGUACCAAUUAGCUUUUUGUGGCAGGAGAGGGGGGAGGAGAGAGACUGGGAUGCAGGCAAGUGGGAACUCAUCCAAAAUUAGGCAAUAGGAAUCGUUUCCAUAACAGAAAGAGAUGGUCUCAGAUUGCAACAGACAAAUUCCUAGCCUGUGCUGCCCCUUGUCCAGUCCACAGUUAGGUUAGGUUUUUGCUUCCUGGAGUUUGAUCUCUUCCUGGGGCAACCCAGAGGCUACUCCAGAAGAGGUCUUCAGACUCCUUUUCAGCCCCAUCAUUAUUCUGAGAUACCCACUGAGUCCCCUUCACCCUUAAAUACAUCCUCAGGGAAGAAACAUGGAACAAGAUCUGAGCUGGGUGUGUUUUUUUGUUUUGUUUUGUUUUUUAGUAAUUUUUGAAGGGGCAGCAUCAGGUUUUUGUUUUAAAUCAUAUUUAAAGGGAUGCUGUCAACACAGCAAAUUUCUCUCUGAAACGUAUCUUUACUUCCUGUUGUCACAGAUUAUUCAAAUUUAGAGAGAUGGCAAGAGACAUUUCUCUGUUUUUCUGUGUGUUUACUUUGUGCAUUUAUCAGUACUUUAGGCAGUCAGUUUCAUCCAUGGUUGGAUUCACUUCCUAAUCUCAUGCCCUAGCAUGAGAGAAUAUCAGAAUUCUCAUGCACAAGGGUGGGGGCAGGCACAGCUGGACAGGGGAGCAGUCCCCCUAAUCUCCUAUGGAUCCAUGGACAUGGCCUGGGAGCACUGGUAAACUGGAGCUGGACAGCAGGUAGACAGAGUAAACUGUUGCUGACAUGGGUGAUCAGCAUAGGGGACACGCUAAUGCAGGAGGGGGAUCCAGGCACAUCCUGUUUAUGGCCAUUGUUGUGCCGGAGCACACCCGUUUGAGCAACGGAAAGAGAAACACAAAAAUAAAUGCAGGAUAAUGGCUGAAAUUCUCAGCCUUGGUGCACUUUAACAAAGUAUAUGCCCCCAACCUACACCCAUGUAAAAAAAAGAAAAAAUUGACAGUGUCCCUGUCACAGGGAGAGCUAGGUGGCACCUCUUCCUGGUCGCUCUGGGGAACAGCUCUGUCCAACUCGGGUGUCCCCUUCCGCUGCUCACUGCAUGCUCUGCUGUCUCUGACUCUCUGUGACUCAAGGGGCUCUGUUUUUGCGGUUUGGCCCUCUGGCGACGUCACUAUAGUCCUCCCCUUCCAGGAUAACAAAAUAAAUCUCCAAUCCAGCUGUCCAGAGCUCCUCUCUAGGGCUUCUGUGCCACUUCUCAAUGAGGUUGAUAGGAGAACCCAGGCCUGCACUCUCCACUGGGUUCCAGCCCAGAAACCCUGUAACAAGCAGCCAAGGUGUGCAUGGUCCAUCCUACCCCUUGCUGCUGUUUUCCCUGGGCUUCUUCCCACCUAGCUCUCUCAGGCUUCCUUUCCCCACAACUCCUCUGGGGUUGACCCUUGUUCUAGGGUUAGAAUCCUGGUGCUUAUUCUCCCUCUUGGGUUUUUAUCUCCCCUCCUCUGUGCUCCCAGAGAGCAACCUCAGAGUCUCCCUGCAGUCCCCUUCUCCAGCAAACUUCUGGCUUUAUAAUCCAGCCUGCUCCAGCCCAGCUGAGUCUCUUGUUCAAUUAAGCCUGGCUUUCCCUCCAGGUACAGCCAGGUACCCUAACUGGUCCCUUGGGCCCACAUUAAUCCUUUCAGGGCCUGUGUGGAGUACAUACCCCAUCACCAUUCUCUUUUUAAAAAAGAGCAACAAUCCACAUCUCCCUCCCAGGGUUACUAACAACACCUUAUAUUGUUAAACUGAAAUAGUUUUUUAAAUAUAUGAAUUUAUUUUACUCCUGUUAUACAGUUUGUCCAAACUGAGAUGCAGAAAGUAACCAAUGAAAACAGACCAGGCGGCAGGGGUGCUGGAACAAUUUUUUUAGUGGGGCUGCUGAAAGCCAUUGAACCAAACUGUAAAUGAUGGAAACCUCUUCAAGCCAGUGAGUACAGCAGCACCCCCAGUUCUAGCACUUAUGCCAGGCAGUUUGACUUUUCAGCUCCCUUGUACUAGCACAAUUCUUUCUGCAGUGUUUGGGUUGCAGAUAUUGCUAAGAGAAUGUUGAUGCAAAAAGGUGGAAACUGUUUCCAGUUGAGCUUAAAAAUAAUCAUGAAAAGAUUGACUAAUAGCAGGUUUUGUAAAAACAAAACAAAACAAAAACAUUUAUUUUUCUAUCCCUAAAUUUUGGGCCUAAACUAUCUUUACAGUUUUUCAAGGAAUUACUUAUGUCUAAAUAAGUGGUCCUCAACCUUUUCGUCUUGCAGGCGCCAGACGAAGGACUGUAGCGGUCGAGCAUCCGCCAAAAUGCUGCCGAAUUUCGGCGGCAUUUCAGUGUUGCCGCCUCUUGAUGAAGUCGCUUGUCGGUGGCAAGCGGCGUCAUUGAGAGGCCUUACUGCCAAAAUGCCGCCGAUUUCGGCGGAUGCUUGACUGCCUGCCAGGACGCGAGCGCAUUUAUAUGCCCGGCGCCUACGGGCACCGCGUUGGGGACCCCUGGUGAAAAGAAAAGUGAAAAGAAAUUAACAAAUAUAUGCUUCAAAGGGGGCUUUUCUAUGUAUGACCUUUGCAACUCACGUGUGGAGUUGUUUGUGAAACUCAAACUCUGUACCCACUGAAGAGCACAUUUUAAACUACUACCUUUAGGUAUAUAAACUAUAAAGGGCAAAUAUACAACAGCCUCCUCCUUCAAGAUCACAGACCCUCUGGUGCAAACAAUAAUUUUUGACCUCUCUUUCUUUAAUAUUCACAUUCUGUCCUCUAACUGCCUCAUCCUAUAUUAUAAUUUGUUUACCUUUGGAGCAGACUUAGGCCUCAAUUCAGGAAAGCACUUAAGCAUGGCAUAACUUUAAGCACACCUUAAUGUUAAGCAUAUGCAUAAAAGCUGUCCUGAACAGAGGUGCUUUCCAGAAUAAGGGCCUUAAUGCAUACUGCAGCAUUUCUUCAAUAUACUCAGGACAAAAAGAGCUAUAGGUACAGCAUGAGGGGCCCUAUUUCCAGUUGACUUCUACCUUGUGUCAUCAUUUGCAUCAGUAUAAAGUGGCCGUAAAUGGUCCCCAAAACAAAACAGAAAUGGUUUACACAAUAUGACCACCCAGUGAACCUGAGCCAAGGCCCAUUUAAAUCAAUGGAAAGACUCCCACUGACUUUGACAGAUUUUGGAUCAGCACCAAGGUGCAGGAUAACCAUGAAUCAGAUCCAUACUGCUCUUUAAUCAAACUUACUUUGCCAGCUCCAGCAGGGAGCCCCCAGUGGAAACAAUUCUGGUGCAGUCAGUAGGGGAGAGUGUGUUUACCUGGAGCUCCAACCAGCACUUUGGUUCUGAGAAGUGAGGCGUUAUUAUUGCUAUUGUUUGUUUUGUUUGUGCUUUUCAAAAGUUUAUUUUUAUUUUUAUUUUUUGUCUACAAGGGCUGCAGUCCGGCAGGAAAGAGGCUGCCACUUCCUGCAACAUGUGGAACCGUUCAGAGAAUGGAGGGUUUAAUAUUGUAAACUGCAAGGGGAAUUUAUUUAUUUAUUAUAUGAAAAAGAGGGGAAAUAUUUUAUUAGCAGGGAGUCUGAGCUACACCCAAAACCAGGCAGACAAUAAAUAUCCCAAGAAAUGGAAAAAAGAUAAACAAUUAAACUCAGAGCGGCACAGAUAUGAUUUCAAACAAAAUGCUGUUGUUUUGAGAAGUCUAUUUUUCUUAACACCCAGAAACAAACAAAAAUCACACUUCUGUCUCGAAACUGCUAACUGCUGUUGUUACAAGUAACACCUCCACACUCUAUAACUGAACCAGAUUAGGUUCACUGUUCCCUGUUAUUGGGAGAGUCAGGGGGCUUUGCACAGCAACAGGAAGGAGGAAAAUACCCUUUUAAUUUUUUAAGGGACGCAUGGUUGAAAAAAAUCUCUAAAAUUGGCGAACUCAGGCUGUGUAGGACAUGAAACUCUUUGUAGCACUUUUAAAAUGACAGCCUUUCAAAUGGCCCAUUUCACAAGCUGCGAGCUUGUUGACACUGUGUUAUGGUGGUAGAAGUUAUCUUGCUCAGGGGUGUGAAUAAGCCACCCCCUGCACGUAACUUAUAAUGACCUAAGCGCCAUCCCUUGUAAAGGGGGUUUUAUCGUGUUGACGAGAGAGCAUCUUCACCAGACAUGCUACAGUGGCACAGCUGCUGUAGCAUUCUCGUGUAGCCUAGCCCUGAGACACACAAUAAAUCCCAGACAGGACAAAGGCUUUGGAUAUAAUUUUAUGGCCUGGGAAAACACAGAAAUGCACAGGAAGUGAAAGGGUACAUACCGCAGUGGCAUAAAAGAAUGGCUGUUGCCUCUAGGGAGCCCAUCUGGAAUCAGACCUGUGCAUAAUAAGAAGUUAAUAUGGGGGUUUCAAUCCCAGCCCCCAGGUGGGAGCUGAUACCAGGUCCCCUCAUCCCAAGAGAUGGAGAGAAAAGUUGCAAUACUCAGAGCUGAGGUUAUUUGGUAGAUGAACGUGGGAUAUGUGAUUAAAUAUGGAAGGCCAAAUCCUGCCAUGAUUUACACCUUUUGCAAUCACACAUGACUUCAGUGGGUCUUAAAUCAGGCUAGGAUUUGGCCUAGAGGCUGGAAUUCUGUCUCAUUGCUGGAGCAGUCCCUCAGGGCAGGGCUGAAUUCAUUAGCAGCUCCUGGGAGUCAUACUGGAUGGCUACCUUCUCUGUACAUAGCCCUGGGAUAGACAGAGGGAGUCAGUUCUCUGCUCAGCCAGUCACUUGACCUUCCCAAGCACAAGAGAGUCAUUCACCAGUUAUUUGUUUAUUUAAAGGUUUUUUCUCUCUCCCUGAACGUAUCUUCAGGCUGGGGGAGAGAGACAGUCUCUGACCUUGGCACAUAAAAGGACUAUUCCUCUGUGUUCCAGUUAUUAGACAUGAGGCAAAUUUCUAACAUCACAUUCUUUCUCUGGUGUGUUCGAUAGAGCUACACAUUCUCUCUCCCUUCUCUGUCCUAUAGGACAGGGACCAGGCUUAGGUGCUAGAAGAAAGCAGUGCAUGCACUCAGCCUGUCGUGCUCUCCUGAACCCGAACUCCCUUGUGGUACUGCAGCAUAGUAACCUCCAGCUAUCAGGCUAGUUCGUGGGGGUGGGCCUUUCACUCACUAAUCUUUCGGGUGGGGAGAAGUGUGAAGAAAGAGAAGGAGCUGGCAGCAGGGUCUGAAUGGAGCCUUUGACUUGCAGCUAUGCUGCAUGUCACCCCGGCAGGGCAGAGAGAGGAAGGCUCACAACUGCCAUCUGUGCUUCUAAGGCUGUAAAAUGGAGAGCUGCUUUAUUACUUCAGCUGUUUUCUUCCUUCCCUUCUUCCUCCUCUGAUCCAUCUUUGCUUGUCAGCUCAAAGGGAGGAAUCUCAGGCAUCUGGCCCUCUUCAGUGGCUGACAUCACACAGCCCAGGAGUUUAAAAUCAGAGCACCUGCCUCCAGGAAAGCAGAUGUAAGUUCAGCUGCAGGGGCUCUCCGCAUUGUCGGGGAAAAUCCAAGGGGACAGGAGGCAAGGGAGGGUCGGCCCCGGCAUCAGGCAAGCUUCAAAGGGAAAUGCACUGGUCCCUUGGGCAGCUGGAAGUGUGCACCUAAGGGAGUCCAGCAUCCCUCGUUUAUUUAUCUGGAUGGGGAGAACUCUCUGCUGCCACCUAGGAGUUUUUUACAAAACUAAAUUAACAGCUAAACUAAUGUCCAGAUAUUUUCUUACUGGCCCUGUGUUAAGGGUUUGGCUUAAAGGCCUGCCUGGCUGCAUAGCAGUGAUGUUACACAGGGUUUUUUACAUUCCCGGAGCCACUGUGGUCUGCCAGCCCCCUGGAAGUGCUGACAGACACAUCCUCUGAGGAGAGUACUCAGUACUCUAGUUUGAAUCUUCCAUGCACAGAAAUGAAUGUGAACCUUGUAACCAGUUAGAAGAUGGUUGACUUGACUUAUUUAAUUAAAAACACAAUGGAGCAGAAUCCAAAAAGGCAUCUCCUGUCUCUCUAGCAUUUAUUCACUUGUUAUUUUUGGCAGCAGGAGAAGUGUAGACAUUAACAGCAGCAGAUGCAGCAGCUGGUAAGAGUCUUUGUGUAACAUGCUCCCCCGGGGCAGUGACUUGCUCUCCUUAUCCGUGUAGCAGCAGCAACGGCGCUCAGUCAACACAUUGGAAGACGCUCAGGAAAAUAAGAUCUGGGGAUGAAAAAGGAAACCACUGUGCUGACAAGAAUUUAAACGAGCUAAUUGCCCUCCCCUACCCCCGUGUUGCUGAGCACUCAACUUCCAUUCGCUCUAAUGGAAUUUGCAGGUGCUCAUUUCCAAUCAGGAGAGCUGUGCAGCCGCUGUUUAGCAAACCUUGGUAGCAGAGUGGUGUGCACAAGGGCUGGUGCUAUCUCCAAUACCACAGAGAUGGAGAAAAAAGUUGGUUUCAAAUCCAUCAGAAAUACAGAGCGGAAUGUUACCACCCAUCAACGGGAAAAGAAAAGGCUAAAAUCAAUGUGGGAAAUAUCAUCUUCAGGAACCUAAGAGGACUUAACAAACCACAGAGAAGCAUUGGGCUCCACCCUGUUUCUUUUCCUCACCCAUAAUCAGGCAUCCAUGGUGAGGCUCACUGCAGCUCAGAGGCAGUGGGAGGAAGGCAGCCCGGGCUAUUCUGGGUAAAUGAUGGGAUGGAGACAGCCACUGGUUCAGUCUCACUUUUUCUCACGGUCUUGCAUACCUAUAGCCAGCCCUGGAGCUGGUGUAGGAAGAUGCUGCAGUGAAGUGUUGGAACCUACCCAUCCCCAGCAAGCAUCUAGCUGGAGGAACACCAUUAAUUCUGGAUUUUUAAUGAGGCUGUUUCUCUUAGCUCCAAAAUGUCCUGCCCAAGUAUCCAGUCAUUUGUGAAAUAGCUAUGUUCUGGGAUGUUGCUGCCUUGAUUUCAGGUACAAGUGUUUUACUGCUAAAAUUGUGCAGGCUAGAGUCUGAGGACACUGCCCCCUUUGUCCUGCCAGGCUCCAGGGUGGAAAGAAAAGAGGCUUCUUUGGGUCAUGGGGCCUUAGCUUUAGGCAUCUUUCAGCUGCAAAUCUUGUCACACUGCCUGGAGUGGCUCACGAGCAGGAGUGCUGACCUCAGGGCUGACAGGUAAAACCAGGGCAGACACCCCUAGCUAGUGGUAUGUUCUGUAAUUAAAUUUCACCAGCCCAAGAACAAAUGUGAACUGGAUCGCUGUAUCUUACUUCAGAGUUAGACAGUCCCUUCAUGCUCUCCAGUCUACCUUGCCACCCAGGCAAGAUGGACUAACUGAUAAAUGGUCACUUACACCAAGAAUCACAAAAUAUUCAGGUUUCUCCCAGUUCCAAGAGACCAGUCGCUUACCCCAGAUCAACUUGUAUCUUAGUUCUCACACCAAAGACAAUGCCUGUAGCCAACCCUCUAAUAAGUUAAUUAAAGGUUUAUUAACUAGGGAAAAGAAAUGAGACAGUUAUUUACAGGUUAAAGCAAGCAAGCAUAUACACAUAAAUGCAUUACCCUCUAUGGCUCCUAAAGAUGACAGAUGUAGUAAUCUGUCAAUUUGAAAUGUCUUUCAGGGUGGACCCAGGGGUAACCCCUGGGGAUCUCUGCCUAAAUGCAUUACCCUCUAUGGCUCCUAAAGAUGACAGAUGUAGUAAUCUGUCAAUUUGAAAUGUCUUUCAGGGUGGACCCAGGGGUAACCCCUGGGGAUCUCUGCCUUAAUUUAGCAUCUCUGGCCCUGUGAAAGUUCAAACAGCAAAGAAAGGAAAACAUUUCUUAUGAUUCUGUUUUAUCUUUUACAUGUAACCUUCCAGUCUAUGGGCUGGUGUGCAUUACACAGUCAGGUCAACCUAAGAGCGGGGCGAGACAAGAAAUCUGGUUAGCAAGAGUCCAGCUGCCCCCGGCUCCCCUGGAGAGCCAGGGAGAGAAUGGCCCUUGAUCCUGGCUGGGAGCAGGGGUGAGAAGCCUAGGUGGUAUUACCGUCCCACCCCCCGACUCCCAGCUGGGAACAUUAGCUGUCUUGUCAAUUUCACAGCUGCCUGGCUCCCAGCUGGGAGCGGGUGGGCCGGAGGGUGAGAAGCCAGGGCAACUAGACCCCGCUCCCUGGGGCAAGAAAACCCAGGCAGCUUCCCCCCACUCCCAGCAGGGACCAGGGAGGCGAGAAGCCCUGGGCAGCUUCCUCCCCACUCCCAGUGGAGAAUGGGAAGGUGAGAAGCCCUGUGCAGCCUCCCCAGCUCCCAGCGGGGAAUAGGGAGCAGUGGGGAGGACAGUCCACUGGGUGCCUAUGUGACAGCUGGUAGGGAACUGCCAGCAGAGCUGAGAGACCAGACUUUCAAUUCCCCACAUUGCCCCUCUUAGAUCGAUGGAAGCGCUCCUGGUGAGGGCUCGCAGUACUGAUCCAAGGAGGGUAAUAUGGAUGUGCAUCACCACAGUAAUUACUGCAGUGGCUAUAAAUCGACCUAAUAUAAGUCGACUUAUGUUUCCAGUGUAGACAUACCUAUGAGAUGAGCUUCUUUGCAUGUAGCAUUUCCAAGGUCUGGUGGGGCCAUUCACCAAUCCUAUGUAUCUUUAUGGCCUGUUUAAACUUGAUAGGCCUCCUUAAUGGGUGGGGAAGGGGGGAAGAAAUGAUUC